GAUCGAGCAACAGCCCGGUGAAGCUCGCUCCCCAGGCUUGGUGGGAGCAGGGACAUGUACUUUGUGCAUUGGCACAUCUAGGCACACUCAGACUGCACUCUGAGAUGCACGCACGUCUUUAGACACACUCACACCCAGCCAGGUGCACACACUUAUGCACACAUGCUAAGGCAUUAUGUGUUUGCACUGAGGAGCACGUUCAGACACCCACUCUCAGGUGCACUUAGAACUUAUUGCAAAAGCACUCAGGCACACGCACACACUCAUUCACACAUGCACUCAUUCACACACGCACUCAGACACUCAGAAGCACACACACACACACACACACACACUCACAAACGCUCACUCAGGAGCACCCACGGGACCUGGAGCAGACUCCUUGGGGAGCCAGCUGGCUGCAGGGGGCCCUGGGAGGACUUCCAGGUGCCUCAGGACCACCUGGGAGAAUAAGCAAGGGCCACAUUGCUUGGUAGCCCGAGCUCCAGGCUGCCCCAGGUCCCUGGGAGCCUCUUGGUGGUAAACAGGCAGGGAGAGAUUUUUUAUUUCAAAAGCAAACUUGUUGAAGAGGCAUGUUCAGGGGCUGUCCUGACAGACUGAGGCUGACCCUCCGGGUGUGAGCUGGGCUGUCUGCCUCCUAGGGCCCCUCAAGCCCAUCCCACCUUCUGGGGAUGAGCCCGAGCAGCUGCAGAGGGAGAAGAGGAGUCACCGGCCAGGCAGCUGAUCUGCUGAAGCAUGGCUUCCUGGCUCUGGAGAAGGCUGCGUGGGAAGAGACUCCCCGUCACCGGCUUUUGCUUCUUCCUGGCCCUGUCCGUGGCUGCCCUCACCAGCUUCUCCCCAGGCCUCCCAGCCCGUGACCCUGGGGGUCCUGUCGAGUCUCCUCACCGGGCUGGCCGACCCCUCAGGGCGAUGGAGACUAUUCCUUUGGGAAGGCCAGAGGCUCUGAGCUCCAGUCAAGGUCUAAAGCUGGCCCCUGUGGGACCCUGGGAAGGAUGGGCCUCCCUGAAGAACUCCAGCUUGGUCUGCAAGGGCGAUCGAGGCUCCAGAGGUAGAGUAGGCCACGGUCGUCCCCAUCCUGGCAAGUCCAGCAGAUACCUGGGCCGGGCCAAGAGGGACACUGGUGGUGACGGUGGCACCACCAUUCUGAGAGACUCUGGUGCCCAGAGUCACCUGGACAUGGCCAGGAACAUUCUUCUGGGGAGGAAGGAUGCCAGGGGCCAGAAAGCCAAGGGCCCUUUGGCUUUGAGACGUGUCUGGCGUGAUGACCACCUCCCAGAGCUGCCAAUCAAGGAAGUCCCUCCUGGUGCCCAUCUGGAAGGACCCGCCGUCACUUCCCGCCUUGAGGACUCCAGACCCGGUCAGGGUAGGCCCACCCUGCAUGACCCAGACGUUCAGGCAGCUGGGGCUGGGAAGGAGGCCUGGGGUCUGGGGGCCCAGGGCCGGACAGCUAGCUCGUGGCCAGGCUCUGUGGAAGAGCUUCAGGGCUCUAUGUGGUGCGAUGCUGGGACGGCUGAGGGCCAUGCAGAGGCAGGUGAAAUCCCACCGUGGUUCACGGCAGAUGAUGUGUGGAAAAUGAGGCUGCUGGCCCGUGGACAGGUGACCGGCAGAGCGAGGGUCCCCGGGCACGGGCAGGUCCUCCGAGUCGGCUUCUCUGUGGAGGAGGUCCAGAAUGCCCGAUCCCCUGACCUGGGUCAGCUGUGCUCCGAGGGGCUCUGUGGGCUGAUCAAACGGCCCAGGGACCUCUAUGAGGUCCUUGCCUUCCACCUGGACCGGGUGCUGGGCCUAUACCGCAGUUUGCCCGUGGUGGCCCGACAUUUUCACAGCCCCCUGCUGCCCUACCGCUUCACUAGGGGAGAGCCCCGUCCCGUGGUCUGGUGGGCCCCGGACAUCUGGCACCUGAACGACAGUAACCAUGAUCAGAAUUCCUUUGCCCUGGGAUGGCUGCAGUACCAGGCCCUGCUCCGGCUCCGGUGCGGCAUGGCCGGCUCCGGGGCUAUGCUGGGGGAGGCCCCCUGCCUGGGCGUCCGCCAUACUGAGUGGGCCCAGCUAGCCCUCUUCGAUUUCCUCCUACAGGUCCAUGACCGCCUGGAUCGCUAUUGUUGUGGCUUUCAGCCAGAGCCCUCGGACCCGUGCCUAGAAGAAAGACUCCGAGAGAAAUGCCGAAAUCCAGGCGAGCUACUGCUCGUCCACAUCCUGGUCCGGGAGAGUGACCCAUCUCGCCUGGUAUACAUCGAUAACGCUGGUAAACCUUUGCACCCAGAAACCAAACUGAACUUCAGGCUUCUCCAAGGCAUAGAUGGAUUUCCUGAAUCGGUGGUGAAGAUAAUCGCCUCGGGAUGCUUAGCCAAUAUGCUGCUGAAGUCACUGCAGAUGGACCCAGAGUUCUGGGACAGUCAAGGUGGGCACCAGGGCCUGACACCUUUGCUUCGCACCAUCGAGAGGAGAGGACAGAUCCUGCUGGAAUACAUCCGGGGGCACAACUUAACCCUCUUCAGGGAGGAGACCGACAGAGGGGACCAGGCACUACUCACCUGAUUAGCACCUGAUCUCAUGGUGGAAAACCAGGGGGGGGGCCUACAGUCAGGGAGUCAGUGUCUUCAGGGCUCCCCACGUUGCAAGGUGCAUUUUUCCAUGGUGCAAAUGAAAUGUGUAGAAAACCGUUGCAAUUUCCUGCCCUCUGCAGCACCUCCAGCUGCGGGGGACAGGCCAACUGCUGACUCAUGGCUUUCGUGGGCGACUGUCCCCACUAUCACCUUGGGGGUGGGGUCUUUGUCACUGCCCCAGCCAUCUCUCCUGUCACCCCUGCAGGGACGAGCUUCUCCCCUCCUGACAUUUGCAGGGGUGGCGUGUCCUUGGAGGGACAGCUUUUGACAUCUUAGAGGAAUUUAUUUUCCACUCACAAGUCUUGACUUAACGCCCUCUUCAUGCCAGGCAGGCACUGGGAUAGGCACCGGAGGAUGCAAGACAUAAAUCAGAAUAUUGCCUGCCCUCAAGGAGCUUCCAUUCUAUGUGAAAGCACAAAGGCUUUCUGACUCUCCCAGCCUGGAUGCUGGUAGUUCAGGUCAAGCAUUCUAUGCAAAUUUGUCUCGAUGCUGUACAGGGUCAAUCUCAGGUGUGUGAACAAAGGUGCUUGUCUGUCUGGAGGUCUGACUCUGCACGUGCGUCUGAGAAUGUGCGUCAGGCUGAAGGGGGAGGGGAAACAAUUCUCCUUGUGCCCCCCUCAGCUUGGAGACAGACUCAGGAGGGUUGUGGGGAGAUGUGGAGCCCAGACUGCACAACUAAGAAUUGCGAAGAAUUUAUUUUUAGAGCUGAAUUUUUCAGUGUCUGCUCAGACGUGAAAGCUGCCCUUUUCUCAGUUGUAAUUUUAAGCUGGUAAGGGGGACAACUUUCGAAGCUUUGGCCAUUAGCACACUCAUUUCUAGUGCCAGCUGCUUCAUUUAGAGCCCCUGACUCCAAGGCAGCCCUAGAGGCGCUGAGCUGUGCCAUCGCUUAUGGGUAGAACUGGGUGGGCCUUAGAGCAGGGUUUUUUACCUUGGGAUUCACAUACCUCUUGGGGUGGGGGUGGGGAGGAAUUCUAUCUUUAUUUUCACCAGUUUCUAACUGAAA